AUGGCGCCGCCAGGACCGGAACUUAGCCGAGGCCACACUAAAGAUGGCGGUUGUCUGACCUCCACCGCGACCCGGACCCCCGCCCCGCGCCCGCAGCGCCGUCUCGCCGCGCCGCUUCCCGCUGUGGGGACGGGGCGGGGCGCUCGGCGGCGCCGGGCGCGGGCGGCAGGUUCGUGGGCGGCGGCAGGCACCGGCGCCGGCAGCCCCCCUCGGCGCCGCGCGCGCGGCGCUCCGCCCGCCCGCCUCGUUCCGCUCCGCUCCCCUCCGCUCCCCUCCCGUCCCCGCUCCCCCCCCCCCCCCCGCUCCCCUCCGCUCCCGCUCCCGCCGUGCCCUGGAGAUGCUGUCGGAGCUGCGCCGCCGCCUUCCCCCCCCCCCCCCCCCCCCCCCCCCCAGGAAGCGACCCACGGCGCCAGAUCCGACCGAGAUCGUCCCCGGGGUGACGAAGCUUAUGGAAAAAAAGACCAAAGGCCUCGAGGGAUGUUAUUCUUGACCCCCCGGGGCAAACGGAGGUGUUCACCUGGUCAGCGUCAGGAGCCAUCCUACCUGAGGCCCUGGCUCCCUCUUUCCCUUCGGUUGCCGUGGAUGUGCCGGACACCUCUGGCAGGACUAACCCUGUGGCUUUUAUGUCCAACGUGCUGUGUGCCUGCAGUAUCCUGUCCAAGACCAAGCUACCUUUCCUCGUUGGAAUGGACUGGCCGGGCUUUGGCAGUCUGGCCCCUCGAAAGACUAAAGUGACCUCUUCCAGCAGGGGAAGACUUUCUGGCAAGCGGUACCAGAAAGAACUGGAGUUUCUGGAGAAUAAAAGCUGGAGGUGUGCCCCCGAUAAUCCUCGCCCCGGGUGGUGAGUGGUCUGACUUGCAGGGACCGGUGGCCUUGGCCAGGAGCGGUCCUGCCGGACUGUAAUUUUAAUUUCCUGCCUAGGCUGUAAUUUUAAUUUCCUUUGGAUGCUUGGCAAAGCCCUUCUGGGGGAGCCCUAGUGCCUGGCAUGAGCGGAGCGGGCUUCCAGGGAGGUAUUCACCUGGUCAGCGUCAGGAACCAUCCUCCCUGAAGCCUCGGCUCCCUCUUUCCCUUCGGUUGCCGUGGAUGUGCCGGACACCUCUGGCAGGACUAACCCUGUGGCUUUUAUGUCCAACGUGCUGUGUGCCUGCAGGUAAGAAAAGCUGGGAGUGCAGUCCCUCUGCUUUGCUUGCUGUGUCUCUUGGGUAGUGAUUUUGGAGGGGAAUCCCAGAGCGAUUUGGUUUGAAGGGGACCUUCAAAGGCCACCCUGUCUUCCGUGGGCAGGGACACCUUCCCCUCUCAUCCCUGGUUGCUCCAAGUCCCGUCCAGCCUGGCCUGGAACACUUGCAGGGAUCCAGGGGCAGGCUCAGCUUCCCUGUGCAGUGUGCUCUAAUAUCUCUCCACUGGCAUCCUGAAAAAUGUUGUCAGCGUGUUUUGUUGGACGACGGUAAGCGGGACCUGGGUGAAAAGGACAUUCUCUGAGGUGCUGGGAGAAGGAGGGCUCGUGCGGGCACCUCCAGAGACAGUGGGAACGGGAGCGUGCUGCAGAGAAGGAAAAUUCCAGGGGAAUUGCCACGAGAGGAAAUACUUCAGAGGGGCUUCCCUCCAGAUAAGCCCUGAAUGUGCCAGGAGGUUUCAGCCGGGAGAAAGGAGCUGUGGAAGAAAAGCAGCCUAAAAAUAGCCAGCGGGGAUCAUCAGGUUUUCCAGCCAAGAAAAACCAGGAGGGAGAUGAGGGAAUCGGGUUCCAAUUCCUAAAGAUUUGGUGGGUGUAGGAAUGAAUUCUGUGUGUUUUCCAGUCCCUUUUGAUUCCUGGGAUGAUUUUAAAAUGAUGGCU